UAAUAAUCAUCAUUGCAAGAGAAGGGAGAGUAAGGAAUAAAAGAGACGUAGUAGAGACAAAUUACUUCAUUCGCUUUAUUAAUGUGACUUCUUGAUAAAACAUAAUACAGAAAAUAUCUUACUUGAUAACCUAAUGGUGUCAUUCAUUGUUAUUCAAACAGUUCUACACGAAUUUUUGAGUUAAAAAUUUCAACUCAAGAAAGGGAUUGCUGAUAUUUAUAAUAAUCAAUAAAAAUGGUUCAUGAUGAUGGAAUUAUUAAUCAAUCUAAACCUGUCAUAUUAAAUAAUGAAGAGAAACUUGACAGGAUAUCACAUACUUUAGUGUUUUAUGUUAAUGGUAAAGAGGUGAUUGAUAAUAGUGUUAAUCCAGAAUGGACUUUAUUAUGGUAUUUAAGAAAUAAGCUACGUUUAACUGGUACAAAAUUAGGCUGUGCAGAAGGUGGUUGUGGAGCAUGCACUGUAAUGAUAUCAAAAUUGGAUCGUACAACAGGAAUUAUUACACAUCUAGCAGUGAAUGCAUGUUUAACACUGGUUUGUGCCAUGCAUGGUUUAGCAAUAACUACCAUUGAAGGUAUUGGAAGUGUUAAAACGACACUGCAUCCGGUCCAAGAACGAAUAGCAAAAGCACAUGGAUCACAAUGUGGUUUUUGCACACCGGGAAUUAUAAUGUCUAUGUAUGCUUUACUACGUACUACUCCUAAACCAAAUAUGAAAGAUCUUGAAAUAGCUUUUCAAGGAAAUUUAUGCAGAUGUACUGGAUACCGUCCAAUCAUAGAAGCUUAUAAAACUUUUACGGAAGAAUGGGAAAUUAUGCAAUUAAUAUCAAAAGAUAAAGAAAAAUCUUUAACAAAUGGAGAAUGUUCUAUGGGAGAAAAUUGUUGUAAAAAAAUACCAAUAGUAGAACCCACAGAAGUUUUUGAUUCAAAAGAAUUUUGUUCAUAUGAUCCUUCUCAGGAAAUAAUAUUUCCUCCUAAAUUACAUAUUUCUUCACAUUUAGAUGAAGACUACUUAAUAAUAGAAGGGAAAAAUGUUACUUGGUAUAGACCAAAAACACUUACUGAAUUAUUAUAUUUAAAAAAUCAAUAUCCGAAUGCAAAAAUUGUUGUAGGAAAUACAGAGAUAGGGGUUGAAGUUAAAUUUAAGUAUCUAUCUUAUCCAGUUCUUAUACAGCCUACUUUAAUCAAAGAAAUGCAUACUAUCGAAGAAUAUUCAAAAGUAUUGAAUAUAGGUGCUAGUGUUACACUUGUUGAAAUGGAAAAAUCCUUAAAAAAUCAAAUUGCUAUAAAACCUGAAUAUCAAACGAGAAUUUUUAAUGAAAUAGUUAAUAUGCUUUACUAUUUUGCUGGAAAACAAAUCAGAAAUGUGGCUGCUGUUGGUGGAAAUAUAAUGACGGGAAGUCCUAUAUCAGAUCUGAAUCCAAUUUUUAUGGCAGCUGGAGUAAAGUUAAAUGUUUCAAGCUUGAAAAAUGGAAAUAGACUUAUUCCAAUGGAUCACACUUUUUUUAAAGGUUAUCGGCAAAAUGUUAUUUCAUCAGAAGAAAUUUUACUUUCGAUACAAAUACCAUUUUCUGAAAAAAAUCAAUAUUUUGUUGCUUUUAAACAAGCAAGAAGACGAGAUGAUGAUAUUGCUAUUGUUAAUAUGGCAUUAAAUGUAUUCUUUGAGCCAGAAAGUAAUAUCGUUAAUAAAGCAUAUUUAGCUUUUGGUGGUAUGGCUCCAACGACGGUUUUAGCAAGAAAAACUUGUAAUAUUAUGAUUGGAAGGAAAUGGGAUAAAGAUCUUUUAGAAACUAUUUAUGAUUCAUUAUUGAAUGAAUUACCUUUAUCAGAUAAUGUACCGGGCGGAAUGGUCAAGUAUCGUAGAUCGUUGAGUUUAAGUCUAUUCUUUAAAGGAUUUUUGCAUAUAGCUAAAAAAUUUCAAAUAUUUUUGCCAAAAGAAGUUGAAAGUGCAACAGAAGGAUUCCAUACCAAAAAAUUAAAAAGUUCACAAUAUUAUCAAGUGGUUCAAAAAGAUCAGGAAGCAAAUGAUUUAGUUGGAAGAUCAAUUGUUCAUGCUAGUGCAUAUAAACAAGCAACUGGAGAAGCAAUAUAUUGCGAUGAUAUGCCCAAGUUUGUCGACGAACUAUAUUUAGCUGUAGUUUUAUCAACCAGAGCUCAUGCAAAGAUUUUGAAAAUCGAUGCAACUAAAGCAUUGUUGAUAGAAGGUGUAAUUGUUUUUUAUAGUGCAAAGGAUAUACCUGAAAAACAGCGAUGGUUUGGUCCCAUAUUUAAAGACGAAGAAAUUUUUGUAUCGGAAAAGGUGACAAGUCAUGGUCAAGUAAUUGGAGCAAUUGUAGCUAUUAAUCAAACCAUUGCACAGAAAGCAGCUAGAAUGGUUGAAAUUGAAUAUGAAAAUUUAGAACCAAUAAUUAUUUCUAUAGAGGAUGCUAUUAAACAUCGUUCCUUUUUCAAUCAAACACCAAAACAUAUAAAUAAUGGAGACAUAGAAAAGGCUUUUAUUGAAUCACAACAUAUUCUUAAAGGAGAAGUUCGAACAGGAGCACAAGAGCAUUUUUAUCUUGAAACAAAUGCAACUUUGGCAAUUCCAAAAGAAGAAGAUGAAUUAGAAAUAUUUUGUUCAACACAACAUCCCACAGAGCUUCAGAAAUUUAUUUCACAUCUUUUAAAUAUCCAUGCUAAUAAAAUUGUGGUCAGAACAAAAAGAUUAGGUGGUGGUUUUGGAGGGAAAGAAUCUCGUUCAGCAGUACUUGCUUUACCAGUUGUUUUUGCUGCUUAUAAAUUAAGAAAACCAGUACGUUGCAUGCUUGAUAGAGAUGAAGAUAUUAUGAUGUCUGGAGCAAGACAUCCAUUUUUGUUAAAAUAUAAAGUUGGAUUUGAUGAUUCUGGUUUAAUCAAAGGAGCACAAGUUUAUAUCUAUAAUAAUGCAGGUUAUUCUUAUGACUUAUCUCCUGCAGUAUUAGAACGGGCUAUGUUCCAUUUUGAAAAUUCUUAUAAGAUACCAGUGUCUGAUGUAUAUGGUUUUAUAUGUAAAACUAAUAUACCGUCAAGUACGGCAUUUCGUGGUUUUGGAGGUCCGCAAGGAAUGUUUUUAGCUGAAACAAUGAUAAGGCAUAUUGCAGAAUAUUUAAAUAAAAAUCCUGUUGAGAUUGCAGAAUUGAAUUUAUAUAAAGAAGAAGAUACAACUCAUUAUAAUCAGAAGCUCUUUAAUUGUACAAUACAACGUUGCUGGAAAGAGUGUAUUUUAUCUUCAAAUUAUAAUGAACGUCUUUUACAAGUUCAAAAAUAUAACAGAGAAAAUAGAUACAAGAAAAAAGGAUUGGCAAUAGUCCCAACAAAAUUUGGUAUUUCUUUCUCUAUAGCCUUUCUAAAUCAAGCAGGAGCGCUUGUACAUGUCUAUACAGAUGGUUCUGUAUUAAUUAGUCAUGGUGGUGUUGAAAUGGGACAAGGUUUACAUACAAAAAUGAUACAAGUAGCAAGUAGAUCAUUAAAAAUAAAACCUGAUAAAAUACACAUAAUGGAAACAGCUACUGAUAAAGUACCAAAUACAUCUGCAACAGCAGCUAGUGCUUCUUCAGAUUUAAAUGGUAUGGCCAUCAUGAAUGCUUGUAAUAAAAUUAUGGAACGUCUAAAACCAGUGAUAGAUAAAAAUCCUAAUGGUACAUGGGAAGAAUGGGUGACAACAGCUUAUUUGGAAAGAAUUAGCCUUUCUGCUACUGGUUUUUACAAAACUCCCGACAUACAAUAUUCAUUUGAAACUAAUACGGGAAAUGUAUUCAAUUAUUUUACGUAUGGCGUUGCAUGUUCAGAAGUAGAAAUCGAUUGUUUGACUGGAGAUCAUCAAGUAUUACAAACUGAUAUUGUAAUGGAUUUAGGUGAAAGUCUAAAUCCUGCGAUUGAUAUUGGACAAAUUGAAGGAGCUUUUAUGCAAGGAUAUGGUUUAUUCACAUUGGAAGAAAUGGUAUAUUUAAGAAAUGGAGCUAUUGCGACUAGAGGUCCAGGUGCAUAUAAAAUACCUGGUUUUGCAGAUAUUCCAGAAAUAUUUAAUGUAUCCUUACUAAAAGGUGCCUCAAAUCCUAGAGCUGUUUAUUCGUCCAAGGCUGUAGGAGAACCUCCACUGUUUCUUGCAUCCUCUAUAUUUUUUGCAAUAAAAGAAGCUAUUAAAUCUGCUCGCACAGACUAUAAUCUUAAAAAUUACUUUCAAUUAGAUGCACCUGCAACUGCAGCUCGUAUUCGUUUAGCAUGCAUUGAUGAUUUUACAUCAAAGAUUGCAGAACCAAAUUUACAACAUCAAUGGAAUAUUGUUCCAUAGAAAUAUUAUAAUGAAAUAAAAAACAAAUAUCUUUAUUUAUGGGCAUAGCUAAAAUAGAGUAAAUAAGAUACUUAUUGUUCUCUUACUUACUCAUGAUUAAUGACAAAAAACAUAUUUUAAAAAAUAUAUGCUCAGAUUUAUAAUUAGAUUGAAUAAUUUUUGUAUAUUUAGUGUAUAUAGAAUAUUGAUUCUAAAAAAUAAAUAUAAUUGUUUGAAAAAAUAUUUUGAAUUUGUUGAAAAUAAAAGACUUUUCAAAAUUUUGUUUCAAA